UUAAGUUCCUUGCCUUGUCCUUAAAAGUCUCUCAGUUACCCUUCAUUUUGGAGGGCUUUCAUAGUCAAUUUACCGCUUCUCCUCUUCUAAGGCCAUCCAUUUCUUUGUCCCUCUCUAUAAUGAACAUCUUCCACACUAAAAUCUUCCUCACUCUUUGGAUUUUACUCAUUUCAUCUCAUCGUUCCUUUGUUCUUUCUUGUUUUUCCUUAAUGGGUUUUCACUUUUAAGCUUUUUGAACACCCAAAUGAAUGUUUUGGAUCAUUCUGCUCCCAUUCAAAGGAAUCGAACCUAACUGCAGAAAGAAGCUCCAGCUCUCCCAUUUGCAGGAGGAGGAGGAGAAGAAGAAGACGUUGCUUUUCUUUAGGUCUGAAGGAGAAAAGCAAAACCAUUGAUCUCCAACUUCUUUGGGGAUUUUUGCUUGUCGAUUUGCAAUCUUAUUGUUUAAAGGGGUUGGUUGUAUCGUAUCAGCUGUUGUAUUGGUUUCUUUAGUUUCAAAAUCAUGUCAAACAAAUUGAAAGGGAUCUACAAAAGUUUCAAGUACAUUUCCCAAAUCUUUGUGGUGAAAGAACGAGAGAUGGAGAUUGGGUAUCCUACAGAUGUGAAACAUGUGGCACAUAUUGGAUGGGAUGGCCCUUCUGGUACAGCUCCCAGUUGGAUGAGUGAAUUCAAAACAGCACCAGAGCAUUUCUCGGCCGCGUCGUUUGGUGAUAUUAGUGAUAGAAGAGAUUCAAGUUCUACUGCUGUAACAGCUCCUACAACAUGGUCUUCUCUUGAUUUUGAUCAAGCAAUGCUACGCCAACAAUCAUCAGACUUCUUUGGCGAACUUCCACGAACAGAAAUUCCCAACCUUCCUACAAAACCAAAGAAAAAGAGUAGAAACUUCUCUCCAAAAUCUUCGUCUUCCUCAAAAUCAUCUCGAGUAUCAAAGACAAAGCCAUCGUCCUUCGGCGAAAUCAAGAUGGUAUCCAAUUUGCAAGUUUAGAACUGCCAUCAUAACUCUCAUACUUGUGCAAAGGAAUAGAAAAAUCAGUCUGCCUUUUUUUAUCAUAUCAGGAAUGGUGUAAUUGUUUCGACUGGAGUGUACAUCAGACGAACAAUAAAAUGUAGUAGUAUCCGGGUUCUUUUCGCCCCGAGAAGGAAAUCUAGAUAGGCAUCAGAAGAUGUGUAAAAAAAAAACGAUCUUGAUGCAAUAUCUAAGAUGGGUGAAAAGAGAUCAUUUUGUUUUCAUUUCAAGAAGAAAGUCAUGCUGGAAAUGGCAAGUGUGCUACUACUUUGAAUGAAUGCUGUAAGAAAAAGAAAAAACUGGCGUUGUUUUUUUCAAAAGAAAUUUGUUUUGUUGGUUCAUUGUCCUUUUCCUCCAUUCAACAGAUGAUUAUAAACAUUUAUUUAAUGGGUCUGGAAAAUUUAUUAUUCAA